GAUCGUGCCUGCUCAUUGCAUUUCGGAUUUGCCCAGGGUGAAGCGCCAUCUGCUAUAAUAACCACCCUGUCAACCUCCAAUUCAGCUCACUGCGGUGCCAGUCCGGACCAUGCUUCGAUAUGUGUUCGCCGCAGCUGCCUUGGUCCUCGCCGCGUCCUCGUCGUUGUCUUUCGACGUGACGUCGGCCAAGAACCGUCCAGUUUCGAAAGUCAUAACGCUGCUAAAGGACAUGCUCAACCAACUCGAGAAAGAGGCCGAGACGGACGAAGAGGUCUACGACAAGGUUGCAUGUUGGUGCGAGACCAACGAUAAGGAGAAAACUAAGGCCAUCUCCGAAGCAGAGACCCGCAUCAGGCAGCUGGAGGUGAAGAUCGAAGAGGACACGGCUCUGAGCGCCAAGUUGACCGCGGAGAUUGCACAGCACAAUAAGGAAGUGGCUGCGGCCAAAAAGUCUUUGGACGAGGCCACAGCAAUUCGAGAGAGGGAGAUUGCUGAUUUCAACUCUGAGGAGAAGGGGCUGCUGGAGGCCAUCUCGGCGUUGUCUUCUGCUGUCGAGGUGCUCUCGAAGCACCACAGUGCGGGGGACACUGCGAUGAUCCAGAUUCCCGCUGCGCGAAUGAAUGAGGUCGCCAUGACCCUGCAGAAGCUCCUGGUGUUGCACGCCGACAAGCUGAAGGGUGUCCUCACGCCAUCUCAGCGCCGGGCUGCCGGCAGUUUCAUCCAGGCCCCUCAGGAUUAUUUUGAUGCCACGCCAACCUUCAAGCAGUCCUAUGCCCCUCAGUCUGGCCAGAUCUUUGGGGUGCUGCGCCAGAUGAAAGAGGAGUUCGAGAAGGACCUCAAGGACGCCCAGGAGAAAGAAACUGCAGCUCAGAAGGCAUACGAGGAGCUGAAGGCCGCGAAGGAGGCUGAGAUCGCAGCCGGUGAGGAGCAGAUAGCGACAAAGACGGCGGAGCUUUCCGAGUGCGACGAGCGCUUGGCCCACAACAAGGAGGACCUGGACGACACCAAAGCGGCGCUCUCUGCGGACGAACAGUUCCUGAUGAUGCUGAAGGAGAAGUGCUCCAUGACCGACAGGGAGUGGGAGGAGAGGCAGAAGACGCGCUCGCUGGAGAUGGAGGCGGUGUCCAAGGCGCUGGCGGUCCUGAGCGGGGACGAUGCGCACGACCUCUUCACGAGGACUUUCAACCCGGCGGGUGCCGCGAGCGGUGCGGGUGUCGCGUUGGUGCAGAGCGCAGCCGCCGCCCACUCCGCACGCCGCGACCGGGCUUCGAGGCUGCUGGAUGACGUGGCUCGAAGGUUGCACAGCCCACGCUUGUCGUCCCUGGCGGUGCGCGUGCGGAUGGACGCGUUCGAGCGUGUCAAGAAGGCCAUCGACGACAUGAUCGCGGCGCUACUGCAGGAGAAGGAGGACGAGAUCAAGCACAAGGACUUCUGCGUGGACGAGCUGAAUCAGAACCAGCUGCAGACUGAGAAGAAGGAACGCGACAAGUCCGACACAGAGACGAAAAUCGCGCAGCUGGAGGCCACCAUCCAGAAGUUGUCAGAGGAGAUCGAGGCACUCAAGGCCGAGAUCGCGGAGAUGCAGGUGCAGCUCAAGCGCGCCGGGGAGGACCGCGAGGCGGCCAACAAGGCGUUCCAGCUGACCGUGGCCGAUCAGCGCGAGACGCAGAAGCUGCUCAGGGCAGCAAUGGGCGUCCUGGAGGACUUCUACGGCAAGCAGGAUGCCGCCGCCGCCGCCGCCGCCCUCAUGCAGGCUCGCCGGCAGGAGCCCGCGGGCCCACCGCCCCCGCCCGGCUUCAAGGAGUACAAGAAGCACGCCGCGUCGAGCGGCGUCAUGGCGCUGAUCACGCAGAUCAUCGAGGACGCAAAGGCCAUGGAGAAGGAGGCGACCGAUGCCGAGCAGGAGUCGCAGGCGGCCUACGCGUCCUUCGUGGAGUCCACCAACGCCUCGAUCAGCAAGAAGGCCAGGGAAAUCACGAACAAGUCGGCGGAGAAGGCGAAGACCGAGAUCGAGCUGGUCAAGGCGAAGGAGAUUUUGAGCGAGAUAGUCACGGAGCUGGAGGAGCUCUCCAACUACAACGCGGAGCUCCACAAGAGCUGCGACUUCGUCCUGAAGAACUUCGACCUCCGCCAGACAGCCCGCGACGAGGAGGUCGAGGCCCUGAAGCAGGCUAAGGCGAUCCUCUCUGGAGCCAAGUUCUCCGAGUUCCUGCAGAAGGAGUGAGUGCCAUGGGGCCGAAGGGCCCGCCCCCCCUCCCCCCUCUCGCUUCCCCCCCCCCCGCGCGCGCCGCCGGAGGGCGCGCCUCCGUCCGCGGGGGCGCAGCGCAGGGGCGCCCCCCGCGCGCUCUGCGGGCCUGGGAGCUCGACGCGGAGAGGUCGUCCGUUGGGAGGCGGGGGAGGGCCGGCGGCCGGGCAGGUGGCCGCGGCCAGUGCCGGACCGCACUGCUCGGUGCCUGGGCGCCGUGCCCCUGCUUGCCGUGCCCGCCUCGGGCGUCCACACCCUCCCUUCCUCCUCCUCCUCCUCCUCCUCCUCCUCCUAGCUGCCGCGAGAGAUCGAGAGCGGCGGCCAGCUGGCGACAGGAGCCAGUGUAGCCCUUUUCAGCGAACCCAGCAUGCUUAGAGCUGGGCUUGGGGGGGCAUGGGACCGCGCCCAGUAAGGUAGGUUCCUCCCCCUGCAGCGGGAACGGACAGUGGUCCCCCACGCUGCAGCGGGCCUUCCUCGCUGUGACGGACCGCAGCUGGGAGGCGCCGUAGGCCAAGACCAGCUUGCUUGCAAGAGUGCAGCUGGGGGCUAUUUCCAUAUCUUCGCAGAGGGCAAUGAAUCCCAUGAAGUGGAGCAUUGAAUGCAGUAGUUCAGUGGUUAUCGGAUUGGGACGCCCUCCCAGCGCACUCACUCACUCAC